AUGUUCCAGUCCUUCGUCUUCUUCGCUGUGUGGAACAGCUGCUUUGCCCUUGUUGGAGGGCUCCUCACCAUCACCCUCGAGCCCGCAACGGCAGCCGAUGGCAUUGCUGAGAUCAAAGCCUUCAUGAACGGCACGCACGUGAAGCGCUUCUUGAAGCUCCGCACCAUCCUGGUAAAGAUCGUGGGAACGAUCCUGGCGGCCUGCAGCGGGCUAGCCAGCGGCUCGGAGGGACCUUUGAUCCACAUCGGGGCAGGGAUAGCGUCAGGAGUGACGAGAGGAGAUAAAGUUCAGAGCCUCUGCUUCGAGUUCUCCCCUGCUAUCCUCGGGAGGUUCCACAACGACAGAGAUCGGCGGCACUUCAUCAGCGCUGGGGCAGGAGCAGGCAUGGCGGCAGCGUUCGGGGCUCCGAUCGGGGGAGUUCUCUUCGUGCUCGAGGAGACUUCGAACGCGUGGACUCCGCAGCUGAUCUGGCACAUGUUUACAGCUGCCCUGGUCGCUACAGUCUCUCUCGCGUUCAUCAAGGCAGACUUGAACUCAGGGGACGUUAGCCUGGCCGGGUUGCUGUCGUUCGGAACGACCAACACGGCUCCGAUCUACUGGUGGGAGAUCAUCAUGUUUGUUGUCGUUGGUAUCUUCGGGGGGAUCGUAGGAGGGGUGUUCAACAGGGCUGUCAGCCUCCUCAGCCUCGUCCGGCCCAGGAACAACCUCCUGCGUGCCCUCGAGGUCUUCAGCAUCUCCCUCAUCACCUCCGCGUCCAUCUUCUACCUCGUCGUCCUCAACCCUUGCCUGCCUCUGCAGAUCCCUUCGAUCAAUCGCGGGAUGCAGAUGGGAUGCGAUGUGGGACAGUACAACGAGCUCGCGACUCUCCUCUUCGGCCACCACGAGCUUUCCAUCUCCCGCAUGAUGACGCAGGCCUGGCCCUUCUCGCCAUACAGCAUCGCGAGCAUGCUGAAAGCUGCUGCCGUGACGUUUGUGCUGAUGCUCGUCACGUUCGGAGCACACAUCCCUACAGGAAUCUUCAUGCCCUGCGUCUUCAUCGGCUCCUGUCUCGGGCGGGUGGUGGGAGAGUAUGUGAAGCUCUACGUGGAUCCGCGGGUCUUUGCGGGGAUCUACGCGCUCGCUGGAGCUUCUGCUGUGCUGGGGGGGGUGCAGAGGGGAACGAUAUCGCUAGUGAUCAUUAUGAUCGAGGGCACCGGCAACGUUCACAGCCUCCUGCCUGUCGUCGUGUCAACCUGUGUGGCCAACUUGGUCGGGAACUUUUUCGGCAAGGAAGGGCUGUACGAUGUUCUGAUCAAGAGGAAGAAGCUUCGCUUCCUCCCGCACGUGCCGGACUCGUUCAUGUCCCUUUGCUUCGUCGGAGAUGUCAUGAGUCGGCCGGUGGUCUCCUUCAAGGUCAUCGAGAAGAUCGGAGACAUCGUUGACGUGCUGCGGUCCUGCAGCCACAACGGCUUCCCUGUGGUGAGUGUGGAGGACGAGAAGGACCCAUCCUCUACUCCCGCAGGCCGCAUGGAGGGCACGAUCCUCCGCUCGACCCUCCGCACGCUGCUGUCGGCCAGGUCCUUGAUCCAUCACCGCAAACCUCGCUUCCUCUACUUGUUCAUCUCCCCUUCUUUGACAGUGUCCGUGUCUCUCUUCUGCUUCUUGUUCUUGUCUUCCUUCUGA